AUGAUAGUUUUAGUAAGGCAUGGCGAAAGAGCUGACUCUUGUCCUAAAGAAUGGAAAAAGGUAAUAAACACCGAUGAUCCUCAUCUUACACCAAAUGGGUGUGAAUAAGCCAAAAAAGCAGGAAAACUGAUUCUCGAAGAGAUAAAAGACUACAAAGAGAUUAACAUUCAAUCUUCUCCUUUCUUAAGAUGCAUAAUGACUGCUAAAAAUAUAGCAGGGUAAAUAGAAAAAGAAGAGCUUUCAAUAAAUACCGAAAUUUGUGAAACUUUAUAUCAAUGUUUCUUCGAAAGCAAUCCACUACCUCGAUUGAUGAUUAAUAAGAAUCCAACUCAUCCCUACUUUUCUGGAAUAAGAUUAAUAGAUUAAUAAUUGAAAUAGAAUAGUAUAUACCCAGAAGAAUUAGAAGAUGUAAAUAAUCGAAUUUUGAACUACGUUUAAAAUUUAUUGGAAAAUAUCGAAGAUGACUAAUGCAUUAUUUUAGUGACUCAUUAGAGACCAUUAAAAUCAAUUUUGGAAUUUUUUAAUUAGAGUACAGACGAUGUUGAUUACUGUAAAGUACUUUCAAUUAAAAAGGAAGAAUCUACUGAAUUACAGGAUUGCAAACUCACUGUCUAUUGA